AUGGCCGACAAGGAAACAGGCCUCAAAUUCAACGCCGAAUCGGCAUCGGAUCAUGUUGUGCAGAUGGGCAACCUCUCCGUCGACCCAGUCACCGAGAAGAAGCUGCUCAGAAAGCUUGAUCUGUGCAUAUGUCCCUUGGUGAUGUCCAUUUUCUUAGUUGCGUACCUUGAUCGCAGCAAUCUGGGGAAUGCUGCUGUCGCAGGAAUGCCGGAAGAUAUUGGAUUGGUUGGAAACCAGCUUGGAAAUGCCGUCUCCUUAUUCUACGCGACAUACGUGUUCUUCGAAAUUCCAUUUUCAAUGCUCCUGAGAAAGUUGCGCCCAAACAGAUUGAUCUCGGCAUUGAUCAUUGGGUUCAGUGCCUCAAUACUCUCUGCUGGAUUUAUCAAGAAUGUUGCCGGGCUCUAUAUCACCAGAUUGCUUCUCGGUGUUUUUGAAAGUGGCUUGUUUCCGUGUCUGACUGUACUUUUGACUACUUUCUAUAAACGUGAAGAGCAAGCCCAAAGAAUCUCUUACUUAUUCGUAUCAGCUGCCCUGAGUGGCGGGUUUGGCGGCCUGUUGGCAUUUGGACUUCUCCGCUUGGAUGGUGUCGGCGGCCUCGAAGGAUGGCGAUGGCUCUUUAUCGUCGAAGGGCUGAUGAGCGCCCUUGUUGGCUUUGCAACUUUCUUCUUCCUACCAAACGACUAUGAAACAGCAUAUUUCCUCAAUGAAGAAGAUAAAGAACUCAUGCGCAUGCGCAUGCAGCUAUCGGUACAAUAUACCGAUGCCGGGCCAUUCGACAUCCGGGAAGUCUGGAAAACUCUGCGCGAUCCCAAGAGCUGGCUGACCUCUCUCAAUCAAAUCAGCGUAAAUGUCUGCUCCUUUGGUUUUAGCACAUUCUUGCCCACUAUCAUCAAGGCAUUCGGCUACGACUCAGUGAAGACGCAAUUGCUUACGGUCCCUGUGUAUAUUUGGGCUUCUAUCUUCUAUCUUGCGAUUGCCCAUUUUUCCGAUAGAGUGCGUAUGCGGGCAGUCUUCAUGGUACCCUUGUGUCUAGUGACGGCUGUUGGAUAUUCUAUGCUGCUGGGGGUGAAUGUGCAUGCCAGAGGGCCACUGUACUUUGCAACCUAUGUUUGUGUGACAGGAAUCUACUGUGUGGUUGGUCUUGGGGUAUCAUGGAAUGCCAACAGCCAUGCUGGGUACUAUAAACGAACUAUGGCCGUUGGUCUCCAGCAAUCAAUUGGAAACUGUGGCGGAUUAAUUGCUGGUCAAAUCUACAAGACAGCGGUCAAUGGACGAUACGUUGUUGGUCAUUCCGUUUCUCUUGCGACCAUAUGCGUUUCCUUCUUUGGAAAUGUUAGCAUGUAUCUGUUGCUGAAAUAUCACAACAGCAAACGAGAUAGGAUGUCUCCAGAGGAUCGGGAAAGAUCUAUUAACUCUGGAUUGUAUGAGAAAGAAGGAGGGGAUUUUCAUCCGGAUUUUCGGUAUAUCUUGUGA